CACGAACCGGCCGAGUCAAGCCGCAGCAUUCAACCUUGACACGAUCAACUUCAUCCUGCAGGAGGGCGACCCGAACUCGAUGUUCGGCUUCAGCGUGGCGCUGCACCGCGAACAAAAUAAAAGCUGGGUAAUCGUGGGUGCUCCGAUGGCCAAUACCACGCAACCGGACGUGAUCGAAGGAGGCGCCGUUUAUCGAUGCGACAUUUACGACGACCACCGUUGCUUCCUGGUACCCUUCGAUACCAAUGGAAACACUUUCAACGAUCAAAACGAACAGAUCGACACAAAGUCGAACCAGUGGUUUGGGGCAACGGUAGCUAGCGCUGGCGUUGACGGUCCGUUGGUGGUAAGCUAGUGGGCAUGUGCUCCACGUUAUGUUUUUCAUCAGCUGCAUCCGAGAAGAGCGGAACGCGUGGAACCUGUGGGGACCUGCCACAUAGCGAAAAACAAUAUGCGCGAGUUUCACGAGUACUCUCCUUGUCGAACCUCGUACUGGGGUUACCAUCGGCAAGGUUCGUGCCAAGCAGGUUUUAGCGCUGCGCUGACAAAAGACGGAACACGCGUUUUUAUCGGUGCUCCAGGCAGCUACUACUGGCAAGGACAAAUGUACUCCAUUAACACUGACGUUGUGUUUCCUUAUAAACCCCCGCGGUAUGGUCACUUUGGCGAAGGAGGGCAAAUCUACUCGUUCAGUUUGAACAACCCGAAAGAUAAGGUCUACAAGACGCUCGAGGACAAGAAGGACGAAGACGAUAGCUACCUGGGCUACUCGUCGACCACCGGCGACUUCAACGGUGACGGUACGCAGGGCGUUGCGGUCGGCAAACCACGCGGAGCCGGCCUGCUGGGGAAGGUGUUGAUCUACGCGUGGAACAUGACGAACCAGCAGAACAUUACGGGCGAGCAGAUCGGUGCGUACUUCGGCUAUUCGCUCGCCGCCGUCGACGUGGAUGGCGAUGGGCUGGAUGAUCUCAUCAUCGGCGCACCGAUGCACACGGAGCCGAACAACGAAGGCAAAUACGAGACGGGCCGGGUGUACAUCAUGUACCACGGAGGGGGUCCCGCCCGCUUCGGUGAGCUGGAGACCCGCGACGGCAGCACCAGUCGGGCACGGUUCGGGCUGGCCGUGUGCUCGCUGGCCGACAUCAAUCUCGACGGUUACGGCGAUUUCGCGGUCGGCGCUCCGUACGAUGGGCCGUCCGGGCGUGGGGCGGUGUACGUGUUUUACGGCUCGCGGCACGGUACGCUGGCGAAAGCAUCGCAGGUGCUGCAGGCGGAAGAGCUUUCGUGGGGUGUGGCCCGUCUCGGCACGUUCGGCUAUUCGCUCGCCGGUGGCAUCGAUCUCGAUGGCAACCGGUACCCGGACCUGGUGGUCGGUGCGUACCAGACGGACAAGGUGCUCGUGUUUCGAUCGCGACCGGUCGCGACGAUGGAGGCGAGCACGCUGUUCGAGACGGAGAACAAGCUGAUUUCGCUCGACGAGCGCAACUGCACGGUGGACCGCACGCUGAAGCAGGUGCCGUGCACGGUCGUUAACUCGUGCCUCAAGUACAACGGCAUCAAUGUGCCGCCCGUGCUCGACAUCGAGAUUGGCUGGACGCUGGAUGCGCGCAAGCAGCGCAGCCCGCGGAUGUUUUUCCUCAACGAGGAGGGCCGCAACACGCGCAACCAAUCGAUGCGCCUGUACCGGGGCAAGCUGGAGUGCCGCAGUGAGCGGGUUUACAUUGGCGAGAACGUGCGCGACAAGAUUACGCCGCUGGAAGUCGAGAUGCGGUACAGUUUGCGCGAGAAAGGCAGCGGUCAACGGGUGCGCAAGCCGCGCAUCGGCAUCGAGCCCGUGCUGGAUCAGAACCGUGGCACGGUGCAGAAGGAUUCGAUCAACAUACAGAAGAACUGCGGGCCCGAUAAUGUGUGCAUUCCCGAUCUGCGCCUAGACAUUAAGGCGGUGGACGAGUAUUUGCUUGGCUCGAACAAUCUGCUCUCGGUCGAGGCGCUCAUCACGAACCGGGGCGAGGAUGCGUUCGAAGCGGGCUUCUACAUGGUGGUUCCGCCCGGGCUCGAUUUCCGGCGCGUCGACAAGCUGGGUGAGGUAAAGGAUGUACCGGUGCUCUGCACGGCGCCCUCAUUCGCCAACAAUGGCACGCUGAAGUGUGACAUCGGCAAUCCGCUCGCCAGCGGCAAGGUGGUGAACUUUAAGGUCAUUCUGGCGCCCUCGUUUGCGGUCGGUAUGGCGCCGAGCUACGACUUUUAUCUGGAGGCCAACUCGACGAACCCGGAGCUGGGCGGAAGCCAGCACGACAACAUCGUGCGCAAAAGCAUCGGCAUCUCCAUCAAGACGAGCCUGGCCCUGUCGGGGGUUUCGCUGCCGGACGAGUUUCUGUACAACUACACCGAGUACCGGGCGCUCGGAGAGGCGGUGAACGAACGGGAAAUUGGUCCGCAGGUUGUGCACAUCUACGAGAUCCGCAACGAGGGUCCGUCCACGAUUGACGAGGCGGAAUUUUUCGUGCUGUGGCCGUACGAAACGAUGGACGGGGUACCGCUGAUGUAUCUGCUGAACCAACCGGAAACGCACGGCAACAUACAGUGUCAGCCGACGCCGUACGUCAAUCCGCUUAACUUGGCGCUGGACAGUGUGCUGGCACGGAAAAGUUUUCUCGACAAAGUCGGUGUAUCGGGCAUGAGCUACUCCUCCACUGCCGCCGGUACUGCGCGCCUGGCGCGGAUCAACAACGCAGGCACGGCCGGCGAAGCGAGCGGCCCAUCCAUUUCAUUCUCCUCCACCAACCGGUCAACGAUGGCGGGCAGUUCAUCAUCGAAAGCGUUCUCUUCUUCUUCGUUCUCCGGUGCACGGGAGCGGGUGGUUGAAUCGCAAGACAGGCGCUUCGAGUCGGAGCAUCCGGUUGCGGAACGAACCGGCACCGUUGCGGGUUCCGUAUCGUCCCAAGGUGGCCAGUCAGGCGGCAGUGAGGCACGCUACGGAAUGGACGGCGGCACAAAAGUGUCGUCGCAUUUUGUCGAACGGCAGCAGCAAACGAGUUUCGCCCAACAACAACAUGGUCAGGCUUCUGGCAUACGACCAACGGCGGCCGAUCGGGGUUUCGAGGUAGGCGUUCGGUACGAUGGAGCCGCCACCGGCGGACAUUUCGUGCCUGGCAAUGACAGCAGCUCCUCGAGCGUGUACUAUACGUCUCGUAAUCGCACUACUUACCGUACGGAUGAUGGUCGACGACUGCAGGCCACGUCCGGUAGCGGAGAGUACCGCAGCGAGAGUUCCGCUAUCGACGAAAACGGUCUGCAAGGAUCGGAAACGGAUGCUGUCAGCAGUACCGUUACGAAAGAGGAACGCUUCGGUACAAAGGGUGCUGGUACGCUGGGCGGCAGUCGGCGUCGCAUGAUGAGCCACCAGGACGGUGACACCGAGGCACGAGGCACGGGCCUAGUGACGGACUUUCUGCAUCUGGAUGGUCACAAUGACUUCAAUAUGGUGGACCAUGGAUUGGGGCGAGUGGAGAACAAGUUUCGAACGGAGUACAGCUCCACCGGCAAUAGCAACCGUAGUAACAGUAGCAGCGUUAUCAGUAGCAGCAGCAGCAGCAGCAGCAGCAGUAGCAGCAGCAGUAGCAGCAGCACUAGCAGCAGUAGUAGUAACAAGGUACAACAACAAUGGGGGUCUGGUGUGCAACAAUCGUCCGGCCAUUCGCUCGCGUCGAACGGAACGUACACCCAGAGCAGCAACACAUACUUCGGCGGUGCAGGCAGCGACGAGGAGGAGGAUUACGAUUCGUACGACCGAAGCGAGGAGUCGUACGAUGACGGGGUGGAUGUGCACCGGUCAGCAGGGCACCCAGCUGCUCACACCGGUGCCACUUUACCGCAUCUGGGCAAGCAGCAUCUCAACCAAGGGCACGAAAAUGUUGAACAAAAGUUUCGCCAUUACCAAAGAUUUGACCGCCAGCGUCGGCAGGCUCCGGUCCCGCCGCUGGAUGCCGGGGUUCGUAGUUCGGAUCAGGCGCUCGAUGAAGCGCUCAAGUGCCAUGCGACGCGCUGUGCCCUGAUACACUGUGUGGCGGGACCGAUCGGCAACAAGGACGUGGCGUUCAUCGCGCUGCGGACCCGGGUCGUAGCGCACACGCUCCAUCAGCUAUCGUCGUCGACCCCGUUGCACUUCUCGACGAUGAACGUGGCGCGGGUCACCAAGCUGCCGUACAUUGGGCAGCCGAAGGAGAAACCGAUCAAAACGCACGAAAUACAGGUGCUGGCCGUGCCGGAACCAACCGUCAAACCGGACGUGGUGCCACUGUGGAUCGUGGUGCUAGCGGCGUGCGCCGGAACGCUUAUUCUGCUGCUGCUGAUCUACUUACUUUCGAAGUGCGGAUUUUUCGAACGAAACCGUCCUACGGAUUCAUCGGAACGGCAACCCCUCAAUCGAAAUGCAUAAUUUGCGAGGGGGAAGGGGGUAAAUGGGUCCUGUUGCCCCCGAAUCUAACUGAAUCUUUCCGUCUACUACUUGAUCGAUAAACUGAAUCUCGACAUACAUUAAUUUCUCACAGCAACGCCCUAAACGUGCGUUAGAGUAAAAGUUCACGCUCGUUAAAGUGAUCUAUGAUUGAUUGAUUGAUUGACCAAUCAUAGAUGAUGAUCGAAUGAUUUCAUUUUUUAUUUUACAUAUACAUAAUGCAUGCAGCAAUAUUUUUUUUUAAUUUAGUGUUAGACCGAAAUUCCUACCGAAAGCAGAAAAAAUAAGAGAAAAAGGGAAAGAACAAGAGAGAGAGAGAGAGAGAGAUUAGGCGUGUGCCAAGGGAUAUAAACUGUAUGUGUGAGCGUGUCUGUGUGUAAAGUUGUAAUAUUGUUCGUUUAACAACUAGUAUUCAUAACGACUUUCACCCUUAUUGACACACUUUUAUUAACUAGUCAAUCAGAACUCGAAUGUUUUUCGUGAGCCUCAUCGAAAUCCCAUUAACAAAAUUAAUACAGCUAUAGCGUGUUCAGAAUUUUUAUGUCUAGUUUUGUUUUUUUUUUAAUUUAAAUUAAAUUUAAAACUUGAUGAAGAAUAACAAACAUGAACAAUGUGCUUCCUCACUGUUGCCAUCAACUUUUAAAGGAAUUAGCUGCGGGCGGAAAACCGGUCUCGAAGGCGAACCAGCGAAAAAUGACAGAAAAUGUGUAAUUUUCAUCAAUUUCUCAUUCUAUUGGUUACAUAAUUGUUACUGUACUGUGCAUAGUGAAGUCUGACGAAGAUUUCUGACAAAUCCUAGUCGAAGUUUCGAACCACUCAAACGUCGGCCCGAUAUACGAAGCAACUCAUUUAAGUGCCUUACGACAGCCGCAUGAAAACGGCAACUAUCGUACAUUUUCGUCUAGUGUUAGUGAGCGAGAUUUAUAGACGGCAAUAAUAUAUAUAUACUUUAAUAUAGCGUUGUUUGAUAUUAAUUUAAUAUGGAAAGCUGCCUUAUCAAAGUAACAAUAAUACAAAGUAACAAUAAUAACUUAUUAUUAAUUGCAUAGAGUAGCUUACCUUUAUCACCCCGAAACGAUUCGGUAAGUCUGCCUGCCGGUCUAUUCCGAAGGGUUAGUCUGUAGAUUUGCUAAUCGAAACAAAAGUGCCCAUUAGAAAUGAAAAUUUUAAAAUAGCAAGUAAUUUGGUAACUGAAAACAUGUUUGCAGAUUAAUGUAUAUGCGCUUUGUUACAAGAAAAAAUAUAAUAA